CCCUCAGCUGAGUCGGAAUUGCCGUGCGGGCCUCUGCUCUUGAGUGGCAUUUGUGCUGUGCUUUGUCCCUUAUUUAUCAUUAAUAAUAAUGUUUCUUAACGCAGCUGGCUCUUGGAUUCAUAAUACCUUACUUUCAUAGCAAUGGACUCCAAAUUUUUUUGGAGCACCUAUGUGGAGAUGGGCAGGGGGAAGGGAUCAGGUCUGCAUCUGGGUUUGUAGCUGAAAGUGAGUCUGUCUGUGUGGGAUUAAAGAAACCAACGAACAGAUUGCAUAUUUCUAGCUGGAUUACAAAAAUCCACAUAUUUACUGAUGCAGGGUGAUUUAGAAAGUUUUUUAGUAAAGCGCUCUCAAAUUCCCUGUGUUUAUCUUGUGCCUCUUUACGGUGUGCUCUUACACAUGCGAUAGCAGGGAAGAUACGCGGAAAAUGAAAGAGUGCUCUGUUGGCUUCAUUGCUAUAUUUGUAGGAUAACAGGCAAGCCCUGCUGGUCUUUCCUCUGUGCUAACGAAUGUUAUGACUUCAGCUGUGUCCAAGCAGCUGCUUUGCCAUAUCUGUGCACUGAAGUUUUCCAGCUUUUCCUUGAGCUACUCUGAAUUAAUUCUUUAAAACAGUUAUGUGGUGUAGUAAGGACAGAACCUUGUUUCCUAACUUUUUUUUUUAAUGCUGUAAAACCAAAGUCUGUUCCAGCACUUAUCUUCUCUGCCCACUCCAACUGGGGUUUCUUUAAAUCCUCUGUAACACACACAGUACCAUUUUGUUGAUAUCUGCAGCCUGACCAAGUGCAAAGUCUGUGUCUGAAGUCAAUUAGUGUAAUGAAAAAGUUGCAGGCAUAGAUGGUUUUUCUUGUGUGAGCUUUAAUUUGCAGUAGAGCCUAUUGCUUUGUUAUUGUAUGGUACAAAACCUGCUCAGCACCAGGAAGAGGCAGAGCAGGGAAUAGAUCUUGAGUAGUUUCACUAGGACAUGCCAGAGACUUGAUAUUCUCUUGAAACAGGGUAGAUGAGUUCCCAGAUUUUUCUAUAAGAUGAUGAUAACUGUCUCAUGUUGGCAGUGUAGGUUAGCUUGCCCACCUUAUAGUGUUUAAACAGGGAACAAUAGGAUGACAUUCUCAGGAUACAGUAAAUGCAUGAUGGUUUUUAUAGCUUCAGAAAUUCAUGGUGAAGUUCAGCAGUUCCCCAGAAGAAAAACAACUAUGUCAACUUGUUAAAACUUGCAGUGUAUUGGCAGGACCAGGCUCUGAGCAUAUAUUUGCAUGAUUUGGAAAUGGUUUAAGACAGUAUUUUCAGGGCAAGCUACUUUUCUCGGCAUCCUGCUGCUUAACAUGACUCCAGGCAGAGAUCAUGUCAUGUACACAAAUGAUUCUGAAGGAUGGAGUUAAGAUCUGAUCCAUAACUUGCUUUGGGAGAUAUUUUUAUAGAGGGAAGAAAAAUGAUCGUUUUAUAAUCAUAAUAUUCUACACCUGUAAAAAUGUGAAAUGCACCUUUUUUUCCUUUAGGAUAUAGUUAGUGCCCACGUUGGCCAAAUGCAGGAGCCCACAGCAGUCUGAUGUCCUCUGAAGUUUAUGCAGCCUAUUAGAUAUUUCCUCCUAAGUCAGUGACUUCCAUGCACUGUCAGAGGGAAUAUAUGAAGAAGGAGGUGGAGGAGUGUGCUGAAGAUGAGGCGACUGAAUCGGAAGAAGACCUUGAAUUUGAUGAAAGAAUUGGAUGCCUUUCCAAAGGUUCCUGAAAGCUAUGUGGAGACUUCAGCAAGUGGAGGCACAGUUUCUCUGAUAGCAUUUACAACAAUAGCUUUCCUGACUAUAAUGGAGUUCAUGGUGUACCGGGACACAUGGAUGAAAUAUGAAUAUGAAGUAGACAAGGACUUUACUAGUAAAUUAAGGAUCAAUAUUGAUAUUACGGUUGCCAUGAGAUGUCAAUAUGUGGGGGCUGAUGUUCUGGAUUUAGCAGAAACAAUGGUUGCCUCUGCAGAUGGGUUAAUCUAUGAACCAGUUCCAUUUGAGCUCACCCCACAACAAAAAGAAUUGCAAAGGAUGCUGCAACUAAUUCAGAGUAGGCUGCAGGAAGAACACUCUCUUCAAGAUGUGAUAUUCAAAAGUGCAUUUAAAAGUGCUUCUACAGCACUGCCACCACGGGAAGAUAAUUCAUUACAGUCUCCAGAUGCAUGCAGAAUUCACGGUCAUCUCUAUGUCAAUAAAGUGGCAGGGAAUUUUCACAUAACUGUGGGCAAGGCAAUACCACACCCUCGAGGCCAUGCACACUUGGCAGCCCUUGUAAGCCAUGAGUCCUAUAACUUCUCCCAUAGAAUAGAUCAUUUGUCAUUUGGAGAGCUUAUUCCAGGAAUUAUUAAUCCGUUGGAUGGAACAGAAAAAAUUGCAUCAGAUCACAAUCAGAUGUUCCAAUAUUUUAUCACAGUUGUGCCAACCAAACUCCAUACAUACAAAAUUUCAGCAGAAACCCAUCAAUUUUCAGUGACAGAAAGGGAAAGAGUAAUUAACCAUGCAGCUGGCAGCCAUGGGGUGUCAGGAAUAUUCAUGAAAUAUGACAUCAGUUCACUUAUGGUGACAGUGACAGAAGAACACAUGCCUUUUUGGCAGUUCUUAGUAAGGCUCUGUGGUAUUAUUGGUGGAAUUUUUUCAACUACAGGAAUUUUACAUGGCUUUGGAAGAUUUGUAGCAGAAAUUAUUUUUUGCCGUUUCAGGCUGGGCUCUUACAGAUCCACAUCGGUCCCACUUCCUGAUGGCCACACAAGCAACCACUUACCUCUAAUUACAGACAAUAGUACACAUUAGCCUCCUGAGAAAAUUUUUUUUCUUCCUGCCUGAUACAGACUUUUUUAUAAUAAAGAAAACAUUGUGCAAUAUGCUGAGACAGUGCUGAUGGGCAGCAAAAAAUUGAAGCCUUUACAAAAAAAAAAAAAACAAACCUCCAACAAAACAAUUUGUGUAAUUUUUUGUCUUUGAGUGCACGUGGAAACAGGAAAUUGUGAGACCAGUGAGGUGGAUAAUCUUCUGGAGAGUGAAGGAGUGUUGCUGCCAAUACAGUAUUCGUGGUUGAGCUGAACAUCUUUGUGGUGGCUGCCUGUGACCACUGAAGCAUCUUAGUGAUGCCUGGGAAGGCUGCAGGCCCCAAGGAGAAAAGAGUACAAGUGGGAUGUGUGAAAGAGCAGCCACAGAGGGACACUAACAAAGCUGGAGUUUCUUUCAAGUGUGCAAAUGGAGGAUUGGCUUUUCUUAUUCUUUUAUAGGGUUGAGGGCUAAGAUGCCUUUCAUACAGCUGGGGAGCGAUACUAAAAAUCCUGAAGAAGAGGGGAACAAGAGAGUAGGUAGGGUGGAGCCUAAGCCAUUAUGUUGGUCACAACCACUGCCUUUCUGCAACCCCACCAUUCCUUGGUGGAAGAAACGUGUGGAGCAGAGGAAUUCCACUGUGCCAACAGUGAGAGCGUCACUUCCAGCACUGGUGUGGAAGUGCCCAAGGACUCCAAAAAUGUGCUCCAGCCUGCACAGCUUUUGGACUUGGAAUAAGAAACCCUUUAAGUGAGGCAUUUGACUGUAGUUUUGAUAAAAGGCAAGACUCCCUAGUAAAAAAAUCAGGAAAUAUUUGUAUGCCUCUUUCUUGGUAAUGAAAUGGCUUUGAUGGAAUCUUUGUUGUAUCUGUGCUGCUCAUGUGGGAGCCAUGGGAGCAUCCACAUCCUGGAAAUGGAGAAGUGAAGGGAGAAGGGGGCAAGAAGCUGCCAGUUCAGGGCAGCUGGGAGGUCUGCUAGGCCAGGCAGGGAGUGUGGAGCUGAUAGUAGAUGACUUCAGGGAAUUUGAAUCAUAUUGCUGCAGACAGAAGAUGAGACAGGAUCUGCAGAACUAAUCCUUGCUGUUCAAGAAGGUUUUUGUAAAUUAAAUGAAGAGAGCAAUAUUGUAUUGUAAAUAUGCUACUGAGAAAGAAUGUUAUUAAUGCAAAUGGUGCUUUGAGAAAUGGAACAUCAUGUUACUGCUCAACUACUGGUGUACAUCUGUGGUUGAACAGUUACUCCACCAGUGUAAAAAAUUAUUAAUAUGAUUCCUUCUCAGCAAAACUGAUUUAAUAAUAUGUUAGAAGAUGAUGCUGAUCCUGGCUUUACCAUGGAAUUAAUAUUUUAAUUAAGAGGACUAAUUACAGAAAAAUAAAAAUCUCUGUGGCAUUGUCAGAUUUUGCUGACUUCCAUUAAUGUACUUUCUAGGACACUUGGACUUUUUUGAUCAGGAAAAUGUUAAUAAUACAGAUGAUUUGCUAUGCAAAGCGAAGGGCUUCCUAAAAAGAAAUGAAAUACUAAAUAAAAUAUGGGAAAUAAGGAAAGACUUUUGUUGAAUUUGGCUAUUGAGAAAAAAGUUAAAGGAAGCCAGGCCGUUGGGGAUGACAGCCAGGUUUGGGGUUUUCUCUUGUGCUUUGUUUUUUUAACAUUUUUAACAUUGAUUAGAACUCCAGCAGCUUGAGAAACUCUCGUUCCCAUUUCUCUUUGGCACUUCCCUCUUAGAUUUCUUUCCUACUUCUUCUCAGACUGCUUUGGGCUUUUCCUAACACUUGUUUCUUAUCUGCUUGGAACAGACUGUACUGGUAGGAGAGACUGAUCUCAGUUGACUUCCUGUAGCAGAACUUUAAAUGUUAUUUUCUAUUCUCAGAUAAAAGAGCCAAGUGGCUUGGUGUGUCUUAAA